AUGACAAAGUCCAGCGUGCGUGUAAUUGAGUUAGGUCUUAGUAGAACUAUUAGCCUCUUCUACGCCAAAUGGGGGUGCCCCGGGGAGACCUACUUUAGCGAAUUGUCGAUGGAUCUAGAAGCCGAUCUUUCCAUAGAUACAACUUACGCCUACUAUCUCUCGGCCACAUUUAUUCCCCUAGCAAGCCGGAGACAUUCGCUUAUUUUAGAAUGGAGCCUGAAGCUUACCUUAGUUAUAGCGCAGACGCAAACUGAACGAAAGAAGAUUUACCCUAGACUCGCUGUCAAGGGGAUUGCGGCUGUUAGACCCAUAUUGGAUAUGUACGGGCAGAUUCGCGGCAAAACUACGCUCUUCGGCUCACUUGAUACAGGAGCGAGGAUGUCUUUCGGAAAGGCUGAAGUCUUUUGGCCUCAGGAAGAUGAUAUGCAAGAAAAAUUCUCAAACUUACUCGGUCUUGAGAGUAAAACUGAAUCUCCCGCCCCGGGUACAGUUGAACCAGUUUUCCACACUGGAGUCGCCGUCGAUGCACAGAUUGAUGUUCUCAUCAUCCCACAAGCCAGCAUUCGUAUCAAGAUCGGUGGUGGUAAGAUAGUUGCGGGUAAAACCUUAAUGGAUGCUCAGCUAAGUGGCUAUGUGAAGUGCGGGCACAAAGAAGAUACAAGGUAUCUAGACAAUGAUAAGGUGUACAUGGGCCAUGUUGUGGAAUUAAAAGAGUAA